UUUGAGCACUCGCCUUUUGCACUCCCAAAGCGACGCAGGCGUCGUUGCCAGCUGUCUGUCUGUCUGACUGUUAUUUUUCCGUUAUUUUGUUAUUAUUAAACACGACACAUUCCCAAUUUCCGGCUUGCUUUCUCCCCCCCACAAUCAUGGAGCAACAAUUGCUGCAAUUCAUCAAUUGCCGCCUGGUGCGGAAUCAUCAGCUGGUCCACGACGAUCUGUGGGUGCGUGAUGGCAAGAUCAUCAAUCCGGAGCCUGUGUUCUUUGACGAACAGACGAAGGCGCAUCGACGCAUUGACUGCAAGGGCGCCAUCAUUGCUCCAGGCUACAUCGAUGUGCAGAUAAACGGUGGCUAUGGCGUGGACUUCUCCUAUGACAAAGACACAACCGAAGCGGGCGUAACGAAAGUGGCACGCGGUCUCGUCGCCAGCGGCGUCACCUCGUUCUGCCCCACACUGGUGACGUCACCCAAUGACAGUUACCACAGCAUACUGCCCCGCAUGCCAACGCUAAUUGAGGGCGGCGCCGGCGUUCUGGGCGUCCACGUCGAGGGUCCGUUCAUCAAUCCCCAGAAGAAGGGCGCACAUCCCGAGAACUGCAUACAGACUAUCGACAAGGGCAUGGCAACACUUCGCGAGGUUUAUGGCAGCCUGGAACGCAUCAAGAUCAUCACGCUGGCGCCGGAGCAAGUGCGCGAUCCGAGCGUCAUUCGGGACCUCGUCGAGGCGGGCAUCACCGUCUCCUUAGGCCAUUCGAUGGGCACUCUGAGUGACGGCGAACGAGCUGUGCGCCAUGGCGCCACACUGAUCACACAUCUCUUCAAUGCCAUGCUCCCUUUCCAUCAUCGUGAUCCCGGACUGGUGGGACUCCUGGCUUCGGAUGCCAUACCAGCGGGCAAGACGAUCUACUUUGGCAUCAUCUCCGAUGGCGUCCACACGCAUCCAGCUGCUUUACGCAUUGCGUAUCGGACACAUCGCGAGGGUCUUGUACUCGUGACGGAUGCCAUCUCCGCUCUGGGAUUGGAGGAGGGAGUGCAUCACAUUGGCCAGCUGCCGCUGCAGGUGAAGCAGGGCAAAGCGUUCAUUGCAGGCACCGAAACACUUUGCGGCAGCAUUGCGCCCAUGGACGAGUGUGUGCGCAUCUUCCACAAAGCAACUGACUGCUCCCAGGUGUAUGCCAUUGAGGCGGCUUCCCUGCAUCCGGCCAAGUGUUUGGGCAUCGAGCGACAGAAAGGAACUCUCGACUUUGACUCGGAUGCCGACUUCAUUCUGCUGGACGAUGAACUGCAGUUGCUCUCCACCUGGAUUGCCGGUGUUUGCGUCCAUUCCAAAUGACAUCGUCAUCUCCCUCACACACUCUCCACUCCCUCUGUCUCUCUCUCUCACUCACACAAAAUACGGCUGUUGCGAUUUGUUGUUGUUUGUUUUGUUUUUAUUAUUAUUUUGGAUUAGAUGACGCUUUAAAUUGUUCGUUUAUGUUUAAUCAUUAAAUCAUUUGGUGUGAACAACUACGCUAAAUCCAUAUACAUUAACAAAUUAUAAGUAUUACGAACGAACGA